UGGAGCCCCGGCCAGCGCGCAGCCCGCCCGGCGCCGGCAAGCUGGGUCUUGGGAAUGCUGGUUCGCCCUGGCUCGCUCGCUUGUACAAACUCCUGGAUCUUACAUGCCUCUGUAACCCCUCACUUCCACUCCAUGUCCCCAUGUUCCUGCGCCGGCAACAGGACCUGUUCUCUGGAUGUCAGCUGAGUUACUAAGGUGACUCUGCACGCCAGGAGAGAGACCUUGGUAGAAAGCACCUCAAGGCUCUUGGAGACCCCCGUCUCUCCUUCUUUUCUGUGUGUGUGGGUCUUCACUGAACAUUCAAACCUGUUUCUCCAAAGGGUUUUGCAAAAACUCAGACUGUUUUCCAAAGCAGAAGCGCUGGCGUCCACAGCAGAAGUGAUGGGCAGUGUGCGCGCCAACCGCUACAGCAUCGUCUCUUCGGAGGAGGACGGCCUGAAGCUGGCCACCCUGGCGGUGGCCAACGGCUUUGGGAACGGGAAGAGUAAAGUGCACACUCGCCAGCAGUGCCGGAGCCGCUUUGUGAAGAAGGACGGCCACUGCAACGUGCAGUUCGUCAACGUGGGCGAGAAGGGCCAGCGGUACCUGGCGGACAUCUUCACCACGUGUGUGGACAUCCGCUGGCGGUGGAUGCUGGUAAUCUUCUGCCUGGCUUUCGUUCUCUCCUGGCUGUUUUUCGGCUGCGUGUUUUGGUUGAUAGCGCUGCUCCACGGGGACCUGGACGCGUCCAAGGAGAGCAAAGCGUGCGUGUCCGAGGUCAACAGCUUCACGGCCGCUUUCCUCUUCUCCAUCGAGACGCAGACCACCAUAGGCUACGGCUUCCGCUGCGUCACAGACGAGUGCCCCGUGGCCGUUUUCAUGGUGGUCUUCCAGUCCAUCGUGGGCUGCAUCAUCGACGCCUUUAUCAUCGGCGCGGUCAUGGCCAAGAUGGCCAAGCCCAAGAAGAGAAACGAGACCCUGGUCUUCAGCCACAAUGCCGUGAUCGCCAUGAGGGACGGCAAGCUCUGUCUGAUGUGGCGGGUGGGCAACCUUCGGAAGAGCCACCUGGUGGAAGCUCACGUGCGAGCACAGCUCCUCAAAUCCCGGAUCACUUCCGAAGGGGAGUACAUCCCCCUGGAUCAAAUAGACAUCAACGUCGGCUUUGACAGCGGCAUCGACCGCAUAUUUCUGGUGUCCCCCAUCACCAUCGUCCACGAGAUAGACGAGGACAGCCCCUUAUACGAUCUGAGCAAACAGGACAUCGACAACGCGGACUUCGAGAUCGUGGUGAUCCUCGAAGGCAUGGUGGAAGCCACGGCCAUGACCACGCAGUGCCGGAGCUCGUACCUGGCCAACGAAAUCCUCUGGGGCCACCGCUACGAGCCCGUCCUCUUCGAGGAGAAGCACUACUACAAGGUGGACUAUUCGAGGUUCCACAAGACUUACGAAGUACCCAACACUCCCCUUUGUAGUGCCAGGGACUUAGCAGAGAAGAAAUACAUCCUCUCCAACGCUAACUCCUUUUGCUAUGAAAAUGAGGUUGCCCUCACAAGCAAAGAGGAAGAAGACAGUGAAAACGGGGUCCCAGAGAGCACGAGUACGGACACGCCCCCUGACCUAGACCUUCACAACCAGGAGGAAGAAGACAGGGGAAGAAGAAUUCACACACACACGAUAGAAACAUCUUUUCUUUCCUUCGAGGUGGUGCCAGCCAGGUGAACGCAUACGACGUUGAGAGACGGUGAUGUGCCCUUAGAUUUUUUUCUGGGUUUUUCCAUUUUUUUGCACAUUCCAAAAUUUAUUCCAGAAGACAAGACCUGGGUUGAAAUGAGUCACCAUCCUUGACGCUGAGCCAUCCAACUUGAAAGAUCAAUAGGUUUAUACCCCUGCGGCUGAAUUCCUUGCCCUGACAGCUGGUACAUCUGCAGCUUGACUUCAUCUUCCAAAAGAUGCCAUGCCUGGCCUCUAGGCUGGCUCUUACGAUCAGGCUGUCUGGACUGAGUCCUACAGCAUCCGAGGGGGCUGUGAAUGCCCAAGUGGGAAGGUGGGAAGAUGCAGAAGAGCCAUUUUGAUGUAGCUCAUCAGCUCAAGUAUUCAGGAGGGAGGGGAACAUUGCUUUUUUUUUUUUUUUUUUUUUUUUCCUAAUGGUACAGAGUAGGAAUGAAAAUGUCUCAGUAAUUUAGGGUCAACAAGAGCCAUAAAAAUUCUAACAGAAUCACAAGUAAAGGAGACAAUGAUCUACAAGGGUCCUUUUCCCCUUGAUGGAUGCACACUCAUGAUUGAAUCUGAGCUGAUCCCUUUCGCCCGUGGAGCCCUAGAGCAGGCUACUUAGGGCACAUUGUUUUCCAGAAGCCUCUCCUGCCUGGCUGCCUGACUUGCUAGAAACAUUUUGUUUUGUUUUGUUUUCCGCUCUAGCUCAACAUAAUGGAACUCUCUUUUGGUUUAAAGUUCCUUAUUUGUGAAUUCUGGGGUUGCUGACUUUUCAUUUUAAUUGGCGUCUCAAAAUCAACUCUCUUACGGUAUUAUAUCCCUGUAUGCCAUUAAAAAACAGCUUGUUCUAGAAUCCUGUAUUUUGUAAACUGUUGUCUGUGAUGGUCUCUGGUUCUUGAACAGCCAUAUCUGAAUGCGGUGCCUGCAAUAAUCGGACAGUCUCUGCCGUUCUCAGCCUUCAGAGUCGAUGGGUUUGAACACUGUGGAGUUAUUUUCACUGAAACCAAGUUAGAGGUAUUAAGCAAGUGGGUGUUAUUUUAAGUCCAAACUUAAAGGCAGAUUAGGGAAGUUGUUUAGAGAGUCGGAGGGAUUGCGGGGACACAGAAUUUACAUUCCUCUGUAAAUGGCAAAUGUUCGGCCAUUGACAGAGGAUGUUGACGGUUUCAGCUGCUGCUAUUUCGAUAUUUUUGCAAAGGAAAAUAAUCAAACCAAAGAGUAUUCAGUGGUCUGUAAAUUAAAUGAAGAUUCAGUGGAGAAUGGGGGUGACCACAGAAAAGGCACCUUCCCAUCACACAGCUCUGCCACUUAAAAAGACUUGAGAUAUUUGAAAGGGGGUGGGUAGGGGGCAAGAAUGAGGGAGGGAACUCUUGCAACUUCUUUCUGAAAAAGAGAAAAAAAAAUCUAAAAUUUCUGGUGCACAGGUUUGUUUGUUUUUUUUUUUUCAAGAAAAUUUUGCAGAAGCUAUGUUUUUAAAGUGUACAUUUUAUAAAGUUUAUCAGAUAUUUUCAUAUUUAAAGCCAAAUGUAAAUAGAAGUCUGUAAAGGGAAAAAAAUUGCCAUAGAAAGUAUAAUUUCAGUGCAGCAAUCUCUGAGAGCUAGUACCUAUAUGCUACCGGUUAGCAUGGUUUUAGCAAAUAUUUACCAGCCUUAUAAGGUUCGUGUUGCUAUGUUCUUCUGUUAUUUAUUUCAGCAUGGACUGUUGAUUUGAAAGCUUUUUCUAGUUAUUAGUAUUUUCACAGUUACAAGCUUUAAAUGGCAAUUUUUUUUUUUUUUUUUUUUGUCAAGAGCCAAGACACAGGUAAUGCACAACGGUUUUGGUUUUGGUUUUGUUUUGUUUUGUUUUUUUUGCUGCAUUUUACCUUCAAAACAUUUGUCAUUGACUGGGUUUCCUUCAUUAGUGCACACAUGUCAUUAGAAUGCAGGUUGAAGAGACUCACUGUGAAUAUCUGGGGUCUGUUCCGGGAUCUGUGUUGGCGUCUCCGUGACAAGCAAACCCCCACUGAAUUUACUUAGGAAUUAUUCCCUUUUAAAGAAUUUUUGCCCAUAUCUGGAUGGGCAUUAUAUUUUUGGGAGGAGGACCAGAUUCCUGGUUAUCCUAUUUUUAAAGAAAAGGUAGACAAAGUGAAUUCUAUUUUGAUUAUUGAGAAAGGAAUAGUUUUCUAUCCCUCUAAGAGUAUACUUGAAUCAGACAUUUUAAGGAUGUCACCCAUAACUCUGAAACCAUUUCCAAAUUCCUGGUGAAAGUUCGUUUUAUCUUUUUUUUUUUCAAUUCUGUCAAUGCAUUAUUUCUUCCCUUCACUUCCUUUCUUCCCUGUCAACUCCCACCUCAAACCUUGAUGUUUAUUCAGUGAGUUCUGUCCCCUAAAUCAUGUCCCUCUUACAGAAAACAAAUGUUGGUUCAUAUUUGAUGAUAAGCCACUCAGUAAAGGUAAAAUCUUGUUCUGAGAAACAGAGUGAGUGUUUUUUCACUCUGUGUCCAAUAAUGUUAAGGUAAAAAAAAAGAAAAAAAAAAAAAAAGCGUUGCCUAGUCACUCACUCCCAACUAGAAUCCCUUUUCUAGUUAUGUUGGGUUUCAGCUCUGGGCUGCGGUGAAUUGAACAAUCCCGGCCUUUGACAAUCGUGAGAGUUAUUAUUUUCCCGUUUGCUGUCUUUUUGUAUCUAAAGUCUUCCUAAUGUACUGCACAAACCAUGGAUUGUACAUAUUUUUAUAUAUUAUGUCUUAUUUUAUUAUUUCUAAAUAAAAAAUAAAAAAUUGAAAACAAAUCAGUGCAAGAAUCUUUGGGCUUCCUGUAUGGUUACUGUAGCAUCCCUGAGACAGAAAGCAAAGGUUCCCAAACAAGAGGGCAUAAACCCUGAUAGUUUGGAUAAAUAGAGCCGUAGAAAUCACCGAAACAGGUGGGAGGUGGCAGAUUACUUUAAUCCAGGUAAGAGGAAGUCAAGCUCAUCUUUUGUUUUUGGACAGAAUGGCCUAGAUAGAAAAGACCGAGAAACAAGCAAACAAAACUAACAAAACGUGUAAGGUUUAGAUUUUGAGUCUCUAUGUAACGACAGAAGUUGCUCUUUAUUGAGCCUAACUGGGUAGGGUUCUGGCUUUCGAUUAUUUCAUUCCCCUGAAACCAAAUCAGGUUAUUAUAGUCUCGUGUAAUAGAUCAGAGUUGGCAAAUAUGUCCCCUAAAAGGCCAGAUAGUAAAUAUUUUUGGCUUUGUGGAACAGUCUUUGUCAGAACUAUGCACCUCUGCCCUGGUACUACAAAAGCAGCCACGGAGAAUACAAAAACAAAUGGUGCGGCUGUCUGUCAAUAAAACUUUACUUAUACAAACAGCUGGUGGGCCAGAUUUGGCACAUGGUCUAUAAUGUAUUGACCUCUGUUAUACAGGAAGAAACUGAGGCUGGAUUUUAAAGCUAAUAAAUCAUCGAGCGGGUAUUCAAAUUCAGGUUUUAUGAGCUUCUAAAUUUAGCUUAAUCCACUAAGCUAUAGAGCGUAUCAGGGCACCAAGGUACCAAGGAUCUGUGGUCUCAGAGAAAAUGUCAGUUCCUCUGGCAAAUUUCAAAUAGCUUAACUGUUUUCCACCAUUGGAAACACUGAGGAAAAUCCCCAUCCUGAAAUAUGGGUUGCUCCUUAAUACUUUUCCUUUAACAAAUAUUUUGCUUUUAAUGAAGCCCUUACUAUGUUUCGAAGAUGGUUCUACAUUCUUUAUGAGUAUUGAAUAAUUUAAUCUUAAGAGCAACCCUAUGGAGUGUGCGUGAUUAUUAUCCCUAUUUAAGAAAUGAGGGGACUUCCCUGGCGGUCCAGUGGUUAGGACUCUGCUACCACUGCAGAGGGCCCGGGUUUGAUCCCUGGUUGGGGAACUAAGAUCCCACAAGCCAUGCGGUGCGGCCAAAGAAAAACAAAAACAGGAAAUGAGGUCACUGAGGCCCAGAGGUUGAGUAUCUCGCGUAAGCACACACAGCUAGUAAGUGUUAGAGCUGAGCUUUAAACGGAGGCCAUAUAAUUUGCAGCAACAUGGAUGGACCUAGAGAUGAUCACACUGAGUGAAGCAAGCCAGACAGAGAGAGACAAGCACCAUAGGAUAUCGUUUAUAGGUGGAAUCUAAAAUAUGACACAAAUGAACUUAUCUAUGAAACACAAACAGACUCACGGACAUAGAGAACAGACUGGUGGUUGCCAAGGGGGGAGGUGGGGAGGGGAUGGAGUGGGAGUUUGGGGUCAGCAGGUGCAAACUCUUGUACACAGGAUGGAGAAACAACAAGGUCCUACUAUAUAGCACAGGGAACUGUGUUCAGUCUCCUGAGAUAAACCAUAAUGGAAAAGAAUAUGAAAAAGAAUGUGUACAUAUGUAUAACUGAAUCACCUUGCUGUACAGCAGAAAUUAACACAACAUUGUAAACCACCUAUAUUUCAAUUUAAAAAAUAAACGGAGGCCAUUUAGCACUGGGCUGAGCUUUUUAUCAUUGUUCUACGCUUUCCAUUCGGAGGCAUUCUUGGGAAAAGUUUCAUCAUUUCGUUUCAGGCCUCUCUGCUUCUCAGUUUUCAUUCUCCUCGGUGAUGAAAAUGUAUUCUUUUUCUCCGCAUAGGAUACUAUACAUGAGCACAGUGUCCCCACCUCCUUCAUAACCUGCUCUACAAUUGCUCCCUUGAUUCCUGAGGAGAGAGGACAACUC